GCUUAACUCGGCUUCUCACCAAGCUCUGGGGGUUACGGGUGAGUGAGGGAAUGGAAGGAGGAGAUUUGGUCUAGUGCCGGCAUAAGCUCUUCUCAGGGACCCAGAUAUCCAUUCCUCAAGACCUCAGUUCUUGUCCUCCUAUUCCAGCCCUUGACCUCAGGGACGCGGACACAGCCCUCCUUCCAGCACCCACCACUGGGGUGUAGAAGAAUGCAGACCGCCCUUGAAAUCUGGAGUGUGGUGUUCUCCUCACUUAGCUCUGCUGCGAGACUUUUUGUGAGCUACCUUCCCUCCCUGGGCCUCAGUUUCCCUCCCUGAUGAACCAUAAAAUCUCUAAGGCCCCCUCCAGCUCUACUCUAUAAGCCUGUCUCUUCACCCCAACUUCUUCCCCAAUUCAGAGAACCUGGGCAUCCAGCUGCCCCACCCCAGCUCUGGGUAAACAGGAAGCUGGGUGAGGGGAGCAGGGGUGUGCGGAAAGUCCCAGCCAGGUGUGUGGGUCUAUGGGGAGGGGGUGGCCCCACCCCUGAAGUAUGAAAGCCCCCCUGCCCUGGCCCUGGCUCAGUCUCAAUGGGGUCACUGGGGCUAGAGGGCUGGGGUAGGAGGCCCCAGGGGAAGGGCUGCCUCCUGCUGGCUGUGGCAGGAGCCACUUCCCUGGUGACCCUGCUGCUGGCUGUGCCUAUCACUGUCCUGGCUGUGCUGGCCUUGGUGCCCCAGGAGCAGGGAGGAGGCCUGGUAACAGGGACGGCUGACCCGGGGGCACAGGCCCAGGCCCAGCAGCGUUUGGGGUCACAGGAGCUGCCAGAGGAAGAGGCAGAAACAGAUUUCAGCUCCAGGCUCCCCGCCGCCCACCUCAUAGGCGCCUGGACGAAGGGGCAGGGGCUGGGCUGGGAGGCGAAGAAAGAAGAGGCGUUCCUGAGGAGCGGGACGCAGUUCUCGGGCGCCGAGGGGCUGGCGCUGCCGCAGGACGGCCUCUAUUACCUCUACUGUCACGUCGGCUACCGGGGCCGAGCGCCCCCUGCCGGCGGGGGCCUGCUGGACCACUCGGUCACGCUGCGCAGCCGGCUGUUCCGUGCGGGGGGCGCCUACGGGCCCGGGACUCCCGAGCUGCUUCUCGAGGGCGCAGAGACCGUCAUCCCGGUCCUGGACCCGGCCCGGACGCGCGAGUACGGGCCCCUCUGGUACACGAGUGUGGGCUUCGGCGGCCUGGUGCAGCUCCGGAGGGGCGAGAGGGUGUACGUCAACAUCAGUCACCCCGAUAUGGUGGACUACAGGAGGGGGAAGACCUUCUUUGGGGCUGUGAUGGUGGGGUGAGGGUGGGGGAAACAACUGCCUGGUAGGGACGUGUAUUGGGGUCCCAGACCCCAGGGACCCCAGAAACUGAUGGCAAACCUGAAGAAAAUAAAGAAUGUAAAGCUUUAGUGCUGCCUAGCACGGUU